UUUGAGAUAAGAUAGGUCACAGAACUAAAUCAGAUAAAACGACAACACUAAAUGGCUUGUCGAGAUAGUGUCUUAUCAAGAAAGAACACCCCUUGCAGUUCUGAAUGGCAGCCAUAAACUCUCUUCAAAGUUUUGUGUUUGUUGUUCGCUCAGUUCGUGGAAGCUAGAUGGCGAAUAGUACUGGAGGGACUAAAUGUCAGUCAAUCACUAUGAAGCUGGCUGUCUUGUUAUUCUGUGUGUGCAUCUAUGUUGUCUGGGGCGCAGAUAACAUCAGGUGUUUUGUAGAGCCCGUAGAGGAACACAAAAACACAACAUUGGAAUGCGAAUUUCCAGAGAACCUCAAUGUCAGCAAAAAGGAUUUCACAAUAUAUCACUAUACUUCACAUGGAAGCUCCGUUUUUUUUCUAAUAGAAUCUGUUGUGGACUGUUGGUGGAUUAAAGGCAGCCUAGGCUGCUAUACAAAGCCUGGAUUCGAGUACAACAAGAAAGUGAACAAAACUCUUACUGUUACAAUACAAAAUGUCACGUCGUCACACCUGGGCAACUACGCUUGUCAAGUGUCUGGCUAUGGAGCCGACCUUUUAACAUUUUGCAGUUUACAGAUUAGUAAAGGUAAAGAAAACACGUGUACUGUUGUUAAAAAAGAAUCACAGUCAAGCGCAUCUCUAACCUGUCAGUUUAGCGAAGACAUUGGAGAAACACAGCGAAACUUUACUGUGAUCAGGCAUAAGGGCAAAAACAUGAGAGAAGAAGUUAUUACCUGUUGGUGGGAGGAUGGACAUAAUCACUGUAAGUUUGCGGAUGGUUACAUCAACAUCUCCAGCUUGUCUUCCAAUUACACUGUUUUAAUAUCGAAUGUGACGACAGAAAAAGAAGGCAACUACUCCUGUUGGCACUCAGGCUCUGACACUUACCAGAAGACGUGUCACCUUUACUUGCCUGAUGAAGAAGCAGACGAAGAGCAAAGUAGCGACAUCCUGUUGGUAGUGCUGAUAUCAACGUUGCUGAGUGUAGCUGUAGUAGUAGCUGCAGCUGUCGUCUUAUGUCUGAUAUACAGACGGAAAUGUCUUUGUUCAUCUGAAAAACACACUGAGUCUGGGGAUCACGAGCAGUCUACACCUAUGUUAAAGACGCCAUUUAUGGAAAAGGAGGAGGAAGAAAGAAAGAAGGUGACAGACGACUUCCAGGAAUAUCUAGAGACAUCAGUCAGAGACAUGUACCCAGACAUCACUGGAACAUUCUAUUUUGUGCCUCCUGUGUACUUCAACAAAAUUCGUUACAGAAAGAAACACGUGACUGGAGAAGUGACGUGGGUCCCUGACACUCCUACUGACAAUGACGUCAGACAUGACCAAAUCAUGCAGCACGUCAUCCACUGCUUACGUCACUUGGCAGAACACAGACAGGAGAGAAUGUUUGUGCUGACACAGUUGACCUUUGACGCCUAUUUAAAGAAUGUAAGUACAGAGUAUGUCAGACAUCGUCUGCCCACUGCAGACAGCGACAACAGUAACAGCGUUGACGUCCUCAUCAUCCAUCAAAAACAUGGCGUGUUGGUGGGAGUGGUUAAGGCCGUCAGUGAUGACGAUGUCAGAGGUCAAGGUAAUCAGCAGAAAGUGGAUGAAAUGAUAAUCCUACAGGUUAGAGAAGGCCUGCAACAACUAGAUGAGGCCGUUUGUACGCUGAAUCAUCUGACGUCAGACCAGAAAUCAGUUAAAGUUCGAAAAGUUCUGAUGUUGCCCAGACUUUCUCGUUCAUCACUGAAGCGAGCUGUGGACAAUCAACCUGACCAGUUUGAGAACAUCCCCGACGCUGAGAUGUUUCUGUGCGCUGAUGAACUGUCUGAUUUAAAUGUGCCCCGGCAUAUCAGCUCUGAUCAACUUGGUAAACUAGCUCAGUGGUGGGACAAGGUGAUGAAAAUGAGCGUUGACCACGAUCUACCCGAGGAACUGUACCUGAGACUGAUAGCAAGGUUUUGUGGACCCCCGACUCAGCCCUCACUACAAAUACAAGACGAUGAGUUUCUUUUACCGAAGACUCUGGCGGAGGCGGUUUCAGUGACAGGAGACCUUUAUAACCGCCCUACACUUUCUCAAGACAUGGUGAACUUAUUGAGGGAAAAACGAGUGUUUCUUGUUGGACCUCCAAACACCAGCAAAACACGGCUGCUGACGCUGGUCGGCAAGAAAUGGAUAACAAGCGGCCACGAGCUGCACGUGUUCUGCGGCAGCACAUCGUCGUAUACAUUAUUGACGCACGCUUUUCGUGAAGAACUGAGACCAGCGUCUCUUGUCAACGACAACGACAAAUACGCUCCUAGAAAAGUCAACGUGCAACGGCUUAAUUUUGAUAAAGAAAAGGAGAUAGACGAAGCUGUUAAAAACGUAAUACAGCAGAAAAGGGAGCAAAAUGUGUUUGUGCUUGCAGAUGAAGCUGAUGUCGACGGAAAAUAUUUCAGAAAGUUCUGCGAGUGUCUUAAAAGCAGAUGUCCAGAUGUUCAUCUGUGGGCCACAAGCAGCAAGGUCAAGACAGCGGUUGACGGUUGGCAAGUAAAGAUCCUCACCAGACCUCUACACUGUCCACCUGCUGUGGUCAGAGAAUGUCCACCAUUAGAGGCCCGCUACAGUCUUCCUGAGGUUACAAACACACAACUGGACAACUUCUAUCCUACAGAUGGUCCACCAGUGAAAUACAUCUACCAUAAGAAAGAUGAUAUAAUCAGCUCGCAUGACUGUAAGCGAUGUGGAAGAGAUGUGGGAAUAUUUCUUACAAAGCAUCUUAUCACUCGAAACGACAAAACUUUUGCUGAAGACAAUGACUUAUCAGGACCAAGUACAACCAGCCAACCGAGGAUAACAGUUCAUAAAAAGUUUUCUGUCCUUCAAGAUAAAGACCUUUUAGUCUUAUUUGAAAGUGGCAUGGAACAAUUAGAAAAGUUUGUAGAAGGACUGAGGGAAUCAGGUAUUGCAGUGGACACUGUGAGAGCUAAGGACGACGUUGAUGUCAUUGUAGAAGAGACUGGCAAUGCAUGUGCCAUGCAUGUUAAUCAGCUUUAUAAGUACAGACCCAGGAGGAAAAUCGUGGUGUACGUGGAAAGCAGUUCAGGUCCGUCUGAUCUUUCUUUGAAAUGGCGGGCGAUGACAAGCUGCACUUCGCAGUUAAUUGUCGUUCGAAAAUAUUACUUCAGUAUUCCUUUUCUGCCAACUCUACUAUCAUAGAAUGUUAUUUCUUACAGAAAACCGUUAAUUGACUUUGAUUUUAAGUCUCAAAUAAUGUCAACAGCUUGUACUUUUAGUUGCUGUAGUCAUAACAACUGUCAAAGUCUUAAACGUUUAAAGUAAGAUUAUAUGCAUUGUUUUGUUCCAGUUACACUUUAAAAGUGUAGUAGUGUUUUUAGAUUAUUAAAUGAUGUAGUUUAACAAUUUUUCCUAAAUUAUUUUUCUCGUAGUCGUACAUACUUCAUACCAGAACUGUGUUUUAUAUUAAAGAUUAAUCGCAUUGAUUGCAAGAUACAUUUAGGACAUUUGUAUGUCGUAUCCUUUGUCUACUUUGCUUUAUUUAUGCUAGUAGCUUUUUGCAAAGCUGACAAACAUGUAUUAAAAGCAUAUUUACUGGAGAUACUUCAUUUGACAUUUGUUUGAAAUCGCCAUUGUUUGCCUUUUUUAAGUCAUAAGCUAAUGCGUACACUAAAUAAAACCUCGUUUUUGUUGGA